CAAAUUAGAUCUGAUUUCUAGGGUUUGCUGAUUCUCUUUCGCGUUCUGGAUAAUCCUCUGUGAAAAGAAAAAAAGAUCCAAACUUUUUCUCUCGUAUUCGUGAUUUCGCUAUCGAAUUGGUUUAAUCUGAAUCUGGGAUUUGAUCAGGGAGAAAGGGUUUCGUGUAUUGAUGGUGGAAAUGAGGAAAUCUGGAGUUAUGAGAACAGAGUCCGAAUUGGCGUCGAAGUGCCGUGAUGACCUCCCGGUGAAGCUGGAGAUCGCUGAGGAUGAUUUGGAAGAAGCGCAUGGGCCUCUCAACAAGCGAUCUAAGUUAUGGAGCUCAGGGACUAGCUCGUCGUCAAUGGCACCGGCUAAGUAUAACCCGCUUGAUGAGCCGAGUCCUCUUGGAUUAAGCCUUAGGAAGAGUCCAUCUUUGUUGGAUUUGAUUCAGAUGAGGCUUACGCAAAAAGCCGCUGAUGCAGUUGGCUCUGGUGUUAAGAAAGAAAGCAAAUGCAUCACUGCUGCUGCAUCAGCUGGAGCUACGUUAGCGCCAGGAAGUAUUGAGAAGCUUAAAGCUUCGAACUUUCCCGCAACUGUUUUGAAGAUUGGGAAGUGGGAGUACAAGUCAAGGUAUGAAGGUGAUUUGGUGGCCAAGUGUUACUUCGCAAAACACAAACUUGUUUGGGAAGUGUUGGAGCAAGGUCUUAAGAGCAAGAUCGAGAUCCAAUGGUCAGAUAUUGUGGGUUUACAGGCAAAGUGUCCUGAGGAUGGACCUGGAACAUUGACUCUCCUGCUUUCUAGGCAGCCAUUGUUUUUCCGGGAAACAAACCCACAGCCUAGGAAACAUACUUUGUGGCAGGCAACAUCGGAUUUUACUGAUGGACAAGCCAGCAUGUACAGGCUGCAUUUUCUGCAAUGUGCUCAAGGGAUAAUGAACAAACAUUUCGAAAAACUCGUUCAGUGUGAUCAUCGCCUCUUCCAUCUUAGCCGUGAGACAGAGAUAAAAAUGGACUCCCCCUGCUUUGAUGCACGGCCAUCUAUCUUUGAGGAUCCAAGUGAAUCAAAGGGCUAUCCUUUUGGGAAUCUGAAUCUUAGCACAGGUCCUUCAAUAUCUGGGACUCAUAAUUUAGCAUCUCCCGCUGGUGCUCAGUCAUCUUCUGAACAUAUGUAUCUGUCUCAUGAAGCACCAUCUCCCAGCUCAGUGAUAGAUGCUCGCGGAAACGAAGGAACUGGGGGUGUUGAAACAGUCAACUCAAGAAACACAACGGAUUGUGGUCAGAUGGGAGCUCCUGGACUACGCCAAUCUAUGUCACUGAGCGAUUUCCUUGCAGUUCUCUGUGAUUCAGACAACACAACGCAUCCGAAUCAGGUUGAAAAUGCAGCUGGAGUACACCCGUCUAUGUCAGUGAGUGAUCUCGUUGCGUUCUUAUCAACUGAUUCGAGUCAGCUAAAAGUACCUGGACUACAGCAAUCCAUAUCAGUGAGCGAUUUCGUGGGACUUCUCUCUGAUUCUGCUGGUGGAAAUCAUCCGGAGCAUCUGGAGAAAUUUGAGAGCUUGAAACAGCAACUGCUAAGUGAUAAUAUCCAGUUCGAUACACCAGAUGAGAAGUCUCUGAUGCCAAGGGUUAAUUCUCUAUUCAACCUCUUGUACAAGGAUCCCAACGUCGCUGCAAACUCACAGCUCAAUACUGAGACCUCAGUUGGAUUGAAGUCUGAACUCAAUGAUCUGAAUGGGACAGUGUCUGCCAACAACAACAACAACAACAGAGUUCUUGAUCCAGCUUCCAGCAGCAAACCACAGGGCAUGUUAAGGAAAGACUCGUUCAGUGAUUUGCUCUUACACCUCCCCAGAAUCACAUCCUUGCCAAAGUUCUUGUCCAACAUUUCAGAAGAAGAUGGUGAUGCAUAUAAAUAGAUAAUUUCUCUAGACUCGGCCUUUCUUUUCAGGAUUUGGCAAGUAUAGGAGAUCUGUACUAUUAGCUUUGCUGUUUUUUUUUUCCUCUUGUAAAUCAAAUUCAUCUCUUGGUAACUAAAACCCCACAGGGAUAUGAAGAAAGACGUUUUGAUAAUGAAUUUGUUUAGAUCAUCUUAA